AUGGCUUCAAACGAUCCGAUUCAAGCUGGCCGCGCGUCAAACAGCUCUUCUAGGGACCAAGAGGACGCUAACUCUAUGGCAUCAAUCAACGGAGAAGGCGAAGACACGCAUCAUGAUAUGGGUUUGGGUUCCUCACAAGUUUCAAAUAUGCAGCGCAGGAUGGAUGAGAUCAGAUUGAAAAGUUCUGAUGUAAUGAACAGGAUGAAGCAAAGAGCUGGUAUGCGGUCGAAAAAGCUCUGCUCAAUCUGCAAAAAGAUACCAUUCGAAGAUUGCCUGCCAGGCGAUGCUGAGACAAAUGAGGAGGGAGCCGACGGCAGUAGCGCAGCAGAAGAUGCGCUUAUAUACUACAUAAGCCUCUCGCACAUUCUACAAAAUCGCAAGCCUUGCAAAUUCUGUGGUCUACUUUUUCGGACCGUUUGCGAACCAGAAUACGAUUUGCUGAAGGCACAACAUAUCAAACAGUAUCUACCGGACCGCGACAAGAACCAUAUAAGCUUCUCAGAAUGGGCCGAGAAAAACACGUCCUGGAUAGGAAAAUGGGUGGGAGGUGCCGGGCUGUGGCCAUUUGGAUAUGCUGUCGACCGACAACAAGCUGCCAAGUCGACACUGCAGCAAGCGCAGACGCUCUUUCUAAAGGCGGAAGACCGCGACAUUAACACCAAGAGCCUCAACAUGAAGGAACUUGAGGAUAUGUAUGAGUCUAGAGACACGGUAGCCGAUACGAUGGCCGCAGCCAACACAAGCCUCGCUUUCAUCAAUCUCGUCACGAACCAGAAAAGCGAGCAGUUGCAGAAGGGAAUGGCGAGCGCUCAGUUCGUAAUGGGUCAACUGGCCCUAUUACAGAGCAAAAAGAGGAAGCGGCUGCCCUGCAUCUUCAUGCUCAGAGCGUACCGGAAACACGACGCAAAAAAAGGAGCCUUGAGCGUACGUGUCUAUGGGCACGGACGAGCACCGCUCGCCCCCUUGAAGGAAAUCUGCCAUUUCAGCCUGCGAUUCGAAAACUCCAGCAGCCCACGGAUAGAAAAGCAGCAGAUCUGGUAUGGGCAAAGGAUUGGUCCUCGAAUUGAUGUCCCGUUCUUCAAGCAUUGCGUUCAGGCAUGCACGUCGAAGCACGAUUGUGGAAACUUGUUGAGUGGUGCAGCGAAUGGGCCUGACUCAGAUCUGGAGUUGGGGAGGACCGACAUAUUUCGAUUGAUUGACGUGCAUGAGAUGUGUAUUAAGGAAAUGCAGUUCUCUAACAUGAUACGCUCAAAGUACGUAGCUUUGAGCUAUAGAUGGGGAAAUCCACUACUACUGAAUGGCUGGAAAAUGUACAAAGGAGAUCAAGACCGGCCUUACUACCACCACGAGGCGACAGGGACAUCAACAUGGACUUACCCAAUCCAUACGCGCCUGACUUCAGAGAACAAAUUCAAGUUGUUGAAAGAGUAUGGUCUUGAGGCCGAAGAUGUGCAUAUCCCAAAAACGAUCAAAGACGCCAUACAGGUCGUUCAAGAAAUCGGCGAAAGAUUCUUAUGGGUCGAUCAGCUCUGCGUUCCUCAAGAGGGUGAUAGUCAUGUUCUGCGCGCCAACAUCCAGCGCAUGGGACAUAUAUACAACCGCGCCCUUUUUACCAUCGUUGCUGGAGACAGCUUACACGCUGAUGAAGGGUUAAGAGGACUCAAUGGCCAUCACAGCCGGGGGAAACAGCUCGUGGAAGACGGCAUCAUCGAAAAUACCCGGAUGGUGCUGCCCACACGCUUGGAGCUUGACUGUGAAGCUUGGGAAGAGCGGGCGUGGUGUUUACAAGAGAAACUAUUGUCUCGAAGGAUUCUCAUCUUUGCAGGCGGGUUUGCAUUAUGGCAUUGUCGGGGAGGAACAUGGAGGGAGGAUGUCAACGCCUUGGAUGGGGAUAGGUCGUUGAUCUCGUUCCCAUGGCUUAGACUCACACCCUUGCCGCCUCCUAGCCAUGAUAUCUCGCCAGAAGGAUUGCAGAUUACACAAGAGGAUGGGAGCGUGAGACUGAUGAGACUUCCGUCGAUGCAACAGUAUAUAGAGGCAGUAGAAGAUCUGAGUAGAAGGGAUAUAGGGAAUAGUUGCGACAUCCUUAGUGCGUUUGAGGGUCUCGGAAACAUUCUUGGUGGCGAAGGUUUCCUCAACUCGCCAUUUCGAAACGGAUUGCCAUGCCACUUUCUGGAUGUCUCGCUCUUAUGGCAAUCAGAUGAGCCAAUGCGCCGCCGCAAAGACGACCCCCCAAGAAAAUGUCCGCCGAGUUGGACGUGGGCAGGCUGGGAAGCUGCACAGGAACCAAAAGGAUAUGGCACUAGAGGCCCACGAGUUCAUUAUGACCAGCCGUUCGACGUCUUGAUGUUGAACUCCCAGAUCGUUCGACGGUACCGUAAAUACGGUGAAGAGCGCAUUCGUCCUCGCAAGGGCACAUUAUACGGUGUUCGGGAAGGCCUCGGUCGUUUUUCUCUGCAAGAACUGGGGCUCUUCGGUAUGCCCAACAUGGGUGCAAGAGGAUUCAAAGAUUGGGACUCAGCGGGCCUCCUACCAGCACCAAGACCAAGAUUACCACCGCAAAUAAUACGCGAGUUGAACGAGCGGCAUCUCAUCAUGUACACCGAGUUAGCGAACCUAGAGUUGGGUAGCGAUUGUUGGAAAGUCCGAACAGUGACCAAAAGUGCUGAUCAUGAGCACUGCAUCAUCAAUUUCCACGACACUAAACCGAUCGAAACAGAAUUGAAAGCCGAGGAGGUAACUCAACCAGAUCUAUGGACCCAAACAGUCGUGUCCAGAGAACAUUGGAUCGACACCGCAACGCAUGUUAGAGUCGGUACUGUGAAGUUUGACACUGACGAGGUUGCAAAGCGCGGAGACUCCGUAACCGCGAUCCUAUUGUCGGAAGCCCAGUACCUAGGUAACGAGACAAGGCCAGACAUUCUAGGCUAUCCACUCUACAAUAUUAUGCUUGUGAGACCAGCAAGGGAUAAUGUUAUGGAGCGCAUAGGUCUUGGUCGGAUAUAUAAAUAUGCAUGGAGAGAAUUAGAAGCGAAAAGGGAAGCAGUCGUGUUAGAGUAA